GCACGCGCUCAGUGCUUGUGCGCUAGCGAGUGAUCGAGAUCGGCAUGGUCUCCAGGUCAGGUCAGUUCGGUUAAUAUAGGCGGGCCAGCCGCGCGCGAGCCUUGCCUUGCCGUGGCGUGCGUGCAAAACGCUCCAUUCCGAGGUCGAGACCAACCCGGCACCGAUCCUCGUACCCGCAACGACACCCCUCUCUCUCUCUCUCUCUCUCUCUCUCUCUCUCUCUCUCUCUCUCUCUCUCUCUCUCUCUCUCUCUCUCUCUCUCUCUCUCUCUCUCUCUCUCUCAACAAGCUCCGUUCCUCUCUGCCCUCCCGUCUCGGGUUCAGGUACGUAGCGUCGUCCGUUCAUGGCACAGGGGUCUUGUUCUUGUAGCUGGUUCGUUCCUCCUGCAUGCAGCAUGCAUCCAAUACAAGAAAUAAAAAGCACAGCGCAGUGGCUGAUCUUCAAAUUAAGCCGAGAGGCGGAAGUCGAUCUGCGCAUGGAUCGGCGGCCGGAGCGCAAGGCGAAGCGCGCGAGGGAGGAGGAGGAUGAGCAGGGCGGCGCGGCGCCGGCGGACUUCCCGUUCGAGGAGGCGGCGGGGGCGGACGACGCAGGGGAGGCGUCGCGGCGGCCGCCGGGGGUGUUCCAGUUCCCGUGGCAGAAGUGCCGCGGCGGGCUCGGCGUGACCCCCGCCGCGGGCGCGGGCGCCGGCGGAGCGGGAUGGGAGCUGCGGGACGUCUUCUUCCGCUCCCUCGUGGACGGCGGCGCCGCGGCCAUCGGCGUGCCGGGGGACCGCCUCGUGUCGCCGCCGCCCAGCAAGCAAGCGCUCCUCGAGGACGUCGACGCCUGGCUCGCCGCGGCCGCCGACGGCGAGGUGGACCCGGUCUGGCGCUCCGCGCUCAUGUCCCGCCGCGGGCCGGCCUCGUCGGCCGCGUGAGCCUGGGUGGACGGACACGGACGCCGAGGACCCCCAGUCCCCACCGCGCACGCGCCCGGGAUGAGGCCCGCGUGGCAUUGAUUGCACCGCGGCGCCCCAUCAUCAGCCGCGUGACGCUGACGUGGAGCGAGGCACCGGUGUGGGGACCACGGGUGGUGAUGAUUAGGAUUCUCGUGGAAGAUCAGGAACGUGUACAAAACCAUGGCCAUAUGGUGAUUCUUCUCUUGCCAAUGUCCCUUCGGUCCUUGUAUAGUUCAUUCAAAACUUGUUUUUGAUAAAAAGAAACAUUGAAACAUUUCAAUUUUUGUUUAUCCGAUCCAGAUUUUUAGUUCAA